UUCGAUUCGUUAUAACCUAACUUUUUGUCGUAUAUAUUAAAAAAAUGAUAUAUAAUCUUUAUACUUAUGCAUAAUAUUAAGCAACGUAAAUAUGUGAAGUGUGUGAUUUAUAAUAUAUGGCCAUUAUAGAGAGUUAGAAGGCCAUAUAGUUUUAGUGGGAUUGUAUAUUUUUGCACUUAUACGGUUUAUGAAACACGAAAAUUUAUUAAAAAAAUAAAAAAAAAAAUAAAAAAAAUUUUAAGUCAGUGAUCCUCAAUCAAUCUAUUCUAAACAUUUUACGUUACUUGUUACUGACCACUAUACAAAGUAUCGAUGUAACAAAUGAUAAAGAUAAAGUUUAAUAUAAAUAAAGAAAGAAGAAAUAUUGUUUUAACCUUUUUGCUAUGCGCUUGUGAAAUAAUGGUCGCCUUGACUAAACGCAUUGCUGACAACUUAACGCUGACGUACGAAGUGUUUACGAGCUUGAUAUGUUAUUUGUAUAUGAACGUCAAUUUUUUGACAGCAUAUAUAUAUAAAUAUGCUCUUUGUAUGUGACUAUGUAAUGUGUAUUUUUUGAAAUUGCAUAUAUACAUCGUUCCAAGUGAAAAAAAUUAAUGAAAAUACAUUUGUGCGCUUACAUAUACGGAAACUGUGAAACGCAUAGAUUUAUUAAUUCAGUUGAAAAUCUAAACAAGAAAAUGAAAAAACACGAUACGAUGAACAAGCUAAAAAACUGAAGGUUAAGGAUCCUUCAAAAACUAGUAAAAGAAAGAAACGUGUUGAAAAAACUGAAGAAAAACAAUCGAUGUUUAUUUUAAGUUUAGAUCCAUAUGAAAAACCAUUGAAAUGGUGGGAAACCGAGCACGUAAAAUACGCUAUAAGUUACAAACCUGUAAAAUUAAGAGUGGAAGAAUUGAUGGGAAGUCAUAUAAUACAUUUAACAGAUCGACAAUAUAUGACUACUUUUGUAGAAAAUAUUCGAAAUAAUUAUAGACACAAACAACUAAAUAGAAUUGAAAAAAGAAAGGAAUGGGAUCAGACGAUGUUUGGAUCAUUUAUUUUGGAAGAUAAUAUAUAGAUCAGUAAAAGAUAUAUAACAGUCUUCUGACUGAUAUAU